CAAUAAACUAGGGACAUUAACUAAUAACAUAUCACUAAAAUAUUAUACUGUUAUAUCUCUAAUCAAUACCUUGUAUCUCUACAACCAAGAUGGCUAUCACGGUGACACCUCUUGCAGGUUCAGGGAGGGUUAACACAGAGGAACGAAAUACCGGAGAACCAUUUUGCUAUUUGUUAGAAAUAGAAGACGCUAGAAUAUUGCUAGAUUGUGGUUCACGAGAUUGGGAAGCAAAUGAUGAGAGUGCAUUCUACUAUGAGAAGAAACUACGGGAAAUUGCACCUACAAUCGAUCUGGUGCUGCUAUCUCACGCUUCUACAAAACACAGCGGUUUCUACGCCUACGCUUACACACAUUAUGGUUUAAAAUGCCCUGCUUAUUGCUCACUUCCUGUUAAAGAACUCGCGAGGUUGAGCACUCUAGAAGACAUCAUCGGUUGGCGAGGUGAACGUGAUAUCGAAGGGCUACACAACGACGACGAGCUCUGGUGUGUACCGACGCGAGAGGAAAACAGAGCAGCCUGGACAUCCGUCAAAGAUGUUCGAUACCAUCAGCCUCAGCAUUUAUACGGAAAGUUACGUGGUGUGACGAUAACAGCAUACUCGUCUGGACAUACCCUCGGUGGUACGCUCUGGAAAAUUCGUGCACCAUCCGUAGGCACCAUCCUCUAUGCUGUUGGCAUAAAUCACAUGAAAGAGAGGCAUUUAGAUGGUACGGCACUCAUACGGGGCGAUCAAGGAGGUUUGACAGUCCAUGAGCAGCUCGUCAGACCAGGAUUAGUUAUUACAGACAGCGAGCGUGGAGAUUGCGUCAAUGCGAAGCGUAAAGAUAGAGACGCAGCAUUGUUAGACAUAAUAAAUAGAACCCUCCAGAGCGGAAACUCCUUGCUCCUUCCAUGCGAUCCUACUUCACGUAUUUUAGAACUACUCGUUUUGUUAGACCAACAUUGGACCUACAUUCGGGACAAGGACCCUUCAUUCAGGAUACCACUUUGUUUAAUUAGCAACACUGGCACUGAUAUGCUCAAAUUCGUUCGAGGAUUAAUGGAAUUCUUUGGUGGGGCCACAGCAGCAGGUGAUAACUCCCGCGAAGAGGCUGAACGAAGGUACAAAGAGAACCGUGGUGUACUUGACUUCAAAACGCUUAAUAUAUUCACAUCUGUCGAUGCCCUUGAGGCGGCGUAUCCUGGUACGCCUAAACUUGUUCUCGCUGUACCGUAUUCGAUGUCGUAUGGCGGUUCACGUAGGUUAUUCCAUAGUUUUUCAAAUAACCCAGGUAAUGCGAUUGUGCUGACGUCUCGUGGUGCACCUGGUUCUCUUGCCCGAGACCUUUUCGAUAGGUGGAACGGCAAGCAGAAUGAUAAAUGGGGUAGUGGUAAACUCGGUGAAGCCGUGCAAGGUGAUUGGAACAUUCCAAUAACAGAGCACAGCAAGGUACCCCUCCUUGGUGAAGAAUUAGAAGCCUAUCAAGCCACUGAGCGUAUAAACAGGGAGCAAGAAGCUGCAAGACAGGCGGCAGACUCACGAAGACGCCGAAUGAUGGAAGCUGAUGCACAAGAGGAAGACGAUGAGGAGGAUGACUUCGAAGGUGACUCUAGUUCAGAUGAAGACGAUAAAGUCGUUGAAAAGGAAGAACAACAGAAGGAGGAAGAUGGUAAUGGAUUACAGCAAAUUAGUUAUGAUAUUUACCUUAAAGGACAUUCAACUAGAGGUGCAACGUCUUUCUUCAAGUCUGCACAAGGGUCUGCUCCAAGAUUUAGAAUGUUUCCAUUCAACGAUAUAAAGCGCAAGAUGGACAGCUAUGGUGAGGUAAUUGAUGCCGAGAGUUGGGUUAGUAGAGGAAGGGAACUAGAAAGACAAGCCAUCGAGCAAGAUCAAGAACACGAGGCGAAGAGAAGAAAGAUGGAGGAAGAAGCCGAUGCAACACCUCUUGAACCACCAUCGAAGUACAUUAGCGAGAAUGUAGAAGUUGGAGUGAACUGCCAGGUUAUGUAUAUCGAUUUGGAGGGUCUCAACGAUAGCAGAGCUAUAAAGAACAUUAUGCCUCGGUUGAAUCCAAGGAAGAUGAUUCUCGUAGGAGGCACUCAAACGUCAUCAAACUCCCUCAUCAACGCCUUCGAGGCUAUAUCGGCCAUGACGAAGGACAUCUACGUACCGAACAUGGGCGAGACGAUUAAGAUUGGUGAACAUACUCACAGUUACACAUUCACCUUGGGUGAUAGCCUAGUGAAUAACGUACAUAUGGCACCGUUUGAGGACUUUGUUGUUGGUCACGCUAUUGGUAAAAUGGCCUAUCACGAAGAAGCACUCGUGCCGACAUUUGAGGUUGCUACGUCAGCUGCGCAAGAGACUACUGCAAAUGUGCCAACGUCGCUCUACAUUGGUGAUAUGAAGUUAACAUCCCUCAAGGCUAAACUAGUUGGAUUAGGAUUGAGUGCGGAAUUCGGUGGUGAAGGUGUGCUUGUCUGUUGGAAUGAAAUGAACAGUGAAGAAGGCGCGGUUGCUAUUUCUAAAAACAGCAAGGGAGAAUUAAACAUGACGUCGAGUUUGAUAGGUGAUGGUGAUAUAUACUACACAGUCCGUGAUGCAGUCUACGGGAUGCAUGCUGUCAUACCAACACCAACCUGAUCAUGUAUUUAUUUAUUAAUAGUAUUUUAAAGUUUUUUAUUUUUUACUGUCAG